AUGGACCGGUUCGAAGGGGAGGGGGAGGGCGGGCACAAUAUUUUUUUCCGAUAUCCCGUCCCAUGCCAUAACAGCACAUGGCGUCGGUUCACACCAUCAGGGUUUCUUGUGGACUGGGGGCUGGGAUCUCCGCUGUACCCGGCGGUGGCGCAAGCGGCCGUACAGGCGGCAGCCAGAGGUUUCGGGGGCUCGGGCGGCGUUUUCGCAAGGGGGGACAGGGUGGAGUGGGUGUGGCACGACUCCGCGUGCGACGCCCAGAAGGCGUACGAUGCGACGGAAGUGCUGUUGGACACGUACGGCGUGGACCUGAUAGUCGGCCCGGCCUGCUGCUCCUCGGCGGCGGCAGCGAGCGCGUUGGCGGCCAGGAGGGGGGUGCCGGUAGUGUCGUGGGCGUGUUCUGCGGCCCAUUUGUCGGACAAGUUGCUGCACCCGACAUUUCUGCGCGUGGUGGGUGCGAGCGACGAAUUCUCCUUGGCGGUGGGCUCGCUCUACAAGCGGCAAGGCUCGGGGGAAGCGGUGGUAACAAGCAUCCUAUUUGCCGAAGGGCCGUUAAGGGGGCUCGCCUAUACAUCUCUGGCGCAGCAGAUGAGGCGGGUGCUGGAGGGGCAAGGGGGCUCCGUGGGCGUGUACGCCGGGUUCGACGGCGGCGAAUCUUGCAAGGCGGGCGCGGGGGAUGCCAAGGGGGUUCGCAAAGCGGUGGAGGCGGUGCGAGCGGGGAGAGACAGCGUGGUGAUCGUUCUGGGCGAGUGCGCCGACUACCGCCAGGUUAUGACGUUCGCGGCGAUGCGGGGCCUCAAGUCGGAGCGAGCGUGGCUUCUCCUGUCCGCAGCGCGUGAUCCGACAUGCCAUGCCAGCGCGGCCGCUUGCGGGAGAGACGACGGACGAGACGCUCUGGCCCUCUCCUCGAUGUCCGGCGCCCUGUCGAUAGACUGGGCGCUGAUGCCGACCUCCCGCACGAGCGUGGAAGCGUGCAUGGACCCCGCCGUCGCUCUCGGACGCGAGGGCCUUGCGUCGGAUUUUUUCCCGCCGCCGGCGGGAGAUGCGUCUCCGGUGGUCCCUUUCUCUGGUCCCUCGGGCCCGCGGGGGACACCGCCUUCACGUGCUGCUUGCGGGGCCGGCGGCAGCCCCGAUGGCGGGGCUUGUUCUGCUCCGUGGUCACCCUGCUGUGAUACCUCUGGCCACCGCUCUGACGGACGUGGUGGCGGAGCAGCGGUAGGAGCGGUCGAAGAGGGCGGCGACGGCGACGGCGACGGCGACGAGACGAAUCGCUGGGGCGGGGGAGGCGGCAGGGUUUGCCCGGGAGCAGCCGGAGACUACCGUGCUAGUCCUGACGAUGGCGUCCCUCGGGGGCUCCUCACGGCGACCGCGCUGAUGUUUGACGCCGUCGAGCUGGGCAUGCGCGUCCUCGCCGCGGCGGGCAGAAGAGUUGGGAGGGUCGGAGACGGCGGAUGGGCGGGGCUGGCAGCCGGCGUUGGGUUCGAGGGUCUAUCUGGCAAGGUCGAGAUGGACGAUCUCGGUAACCGCAUGGGGAUGGACGUUUCGUUCCGGCUGAUGGAGGGUGUCACCGCGGACGGCGCUUCUUACGUUUCGGGGAAGGAGGCGGCGAGGUACGACUCCGCUUCUGAGACAGUACAGCUUCUACGACACAUGCAAUGGCCCGCCUCGCUGUCGGGAGUGACUGCUUGUCCCGGGGCAUUGCCCGACGGCGGCGGGCUAAGACCACCGUCGCGUGCACAGUCCACGCUGGACAAGGAUGAUCAUUAUCCUUGUGACAGCACCGUCAGCAGCUGUGGCGGCGCCGGCUGUGUGAGCGUCGGCAUCGGUUGUGGAAACAACCGGAACGAUGGCGCAAACGGUCUUCUAGCUGCGCUCGACUGCUUAUCCAAGUCUCCAUUCACGUGCCUGCUGCUGACGCUGGCGCUAGCAGCCUUGCUCGCCGUGGCGCUCACGUUGGCGGCAGCAGCGGCCCGCGAUAAAAUCACCACAAGAGUGCGGCGCCCCGGGUUACCCCCCCCCUCCUCGCCCCCCUCCGUGGUAGAACCUCCCGUUUCGCGGCAGAAGCAGACGGCGGUUAUCGGCGAUUCUCCAGUGACGGCGCUUGCGACCGCGGGUACGGUGGCGGCGGGGGUGAUCGCUGACACGAGCAGGCUGACGCCAACCGGGUUAAGCACCGGGGAAACGAGAAGCGUGGAAGGAGAGGACAACCGGAUGUCGCCGCCGCCGCCGCCGCCGCCGCCGCCGCCGCGUAGUGAGAGCUCAACCCGAAGAGUAGCUGGCUCUGGUACUCCGGGCAGUGCGGCUUCGGCGGGGAGUUUUCAUCCGAAUUUCGCAGGCGAUCCUAUCAGGACGGCGGAGGCACCAAGCUCGGAGAGCGAAACGCCAACUAUGGCAGAUGGAGGAGGGAGAGCUGCACUGGAAGGCCAAAGGACAGGAACAUCGAGGCCAGACGAGGCGGGGGGAGGGGGGGAUCGCGGGGGUUGGGAUGUUCCUCAUCAUUGGGUGGGCGGGGCCGCGAUUUCUCCCGCCGCGGUGCGGAAGACCGCGUCGCUCGCCUUGCAGAGCGCACCGCAGCUUCAGAUGGUGCAGGAAGAGCUCGAGAAGAUCAGCUUUCGUGCGAGGGAGGCUCUAGAGGAGGUGGAGGUGGAUGCCAGCCUCGUGGGCGUGGGAGAGAUAAUCGGCUCCGGGACUUUUGCGCAAGUCCGACAAGGGCGCCUCUUCGACACGAUGGGAGUUGUCGGAACAGGUGCGGCCAAGGUAGCGGUGAAAAUCCCGCGGGACGCUCGACGUUCGACCCUCAAGCACUUCUGGUUCGAGGUUCUCAUCAUGAAGGAUUUCAACCACCCGAACAUCGUGCGCUUGCUGAGAGCGACGUGGCGCGGCCCGAGGCUGAUGAUGAUCCUGGAGUACGUCUCGAGGGGAAACUUGGCCAAGGUCCUGGAAGAAACCCCGGUGUUGUCGUGGCCGCGGCAUAAGUUUCGCAUGUGCCUCGACAUCGCCAAUGGCAUGGCGUACCUGCAUCGCUUCACGCACUUCAACGAGCUGUCCAACUCGAUGCACGACUGCAUCAUCCACCGGGACCUGAAGCCGCAGAACCUGCUGGUGACUCACGACUACCGGGUGAAAAUCUCGGACUUUGGUGCAGCCACUGGAAGGGGAAAUGAUCCGCGCGACACUCAGGUUGGGACGCUGUUGUACAUCGCGCCGGAGAUCGUCCGAGGAGAUUGCUACGACGAGCGUUGCGACAUUUACAGCUUUGCGGUGGUGCUCUUGGCGAUGCUACAGCUCAAGGAUGACGUCGUGACCGUCUUUGCCGAAGAGGCCGUUCGAAGAGGGUCGACCCCCCCCGCGGGCGUGGGGUGGGUGGGAGGGGGCCUGACACACAUGGCCAUCACCAACCAGAUCGUGAACGAAGGCCUCAGGCCGACGCUACCAUCCGAAGUGUUUCAGACGUUGAGGAUUUUGAUCGAACAGUGCUGGGCGCCGAUUCCGGUAAUGAGACCGACUUUCGAGGAGAUCGUGGAGUUCUUGGAGACCAUCGCAAGGGACGAGAUCUUCGAACGCCAGCCGUCGGAGGGUGAGCCGGAACUGAACGAAUCGACAGGCAUGAAGUCGGGGGCGGUGCCGGGCCAGCAUGGCUGCGACAAAGAUCCUGUCGUUCAGACUGGCGCCGAGGUAGCUACUGCUGCUGCUUUCGGCUCGAUCCCGGCGAAACGCGAAGCUCGAGCUUCGGUGGAGGAGAUGCCCCAGGGCGCGGUAGCACAGGUCCAUGCCAGCGAGCAGGAUGGGCAUCUUGCUUCCGUAGAGGCGGCAGGGUCGGUCGAAGAACAGCACCACCCCGCGGACCAGGUGGGGCACACUGGGGUCUCUGAUCUGUCGGCACGUCCUUGGACAAGGAGACGGGGCAAGGGCUUCAUCCCGAUCAAGGGGAGCACGGGCAUGGAGUUCUUGAAGACCAACAACAGCGCAAGACUUGCAGCACUGGUGGGGAAGAAGCAACAGCAGCAGCCGCAGCUUGAGGAAGAGCACGGGGUGAGCAUCUUCGCGGACGAGCAUCGAACGAAUGAAUCACGAUCUCAAGCAGACCAAACAGGGCGAUUUGGAGGCGGUUCUCAGAGCCUUGAAGAGGGCUUUCGGGGCCCAACUUCCAAAGAUCUAGCCAAAGCAGAGACGACACGAGCGGUGGACGAUAACCAAGAAUCAUCAUCGUCAUCGUCGAAGUUUGUUUCUUCUCGCAGGCGGCUGGGCCCGGAGACCCCAAGCCCGGACGCGAAUAGCUGGCCGUCCAGCUCACCCUCCUCUUCCGCGCAAAAGAAGCAGCCCCAGCAGCCAGAUGGCAGCGAAAAGAGUGGGCGCGAUCAGCGAGCUCCCGGGUCCUUGUCGCGAGCGAGAUCACCGCCCUACGCUGGCACUCCUUAUUACACUAUGACGAGCACACCCAGUGGCAGUGGCGGAGUGUACGAGGAACGCAAUGGAGGUAUCGCCGCUGACGCCGUGAAGCCACAAGUACUCGCCUUGGAGGGCAUUGCGGAAGAACCCCCGGAAUGGGGCCCCCGGCACGGGGAAUCUGCGGCCGCCGUCCGGUUCGAAUACGCGACGCAGGCAACACCGACAGGCAGCAGCAGUUCCAACGAGGGGCGGCGGCAGCAGGAGUCCCAAGAAGCACGAAGGAACAUUAGCGAAGAGGCGAAAGAGAAGGGAGACGAGAAUGAGAAACGCGAGGAGCAGGGAGGGUUGCUCCAGCAACCCCAGCCGGUGUACAACGACGACGACAGUGGCAGCCACCGAAGACAUCCGGGACAAACCAGCGCCUGGGGUGCCUUCUCUCCUGAACAAUGCUCCAGUGCCGCCGAGUUGCGAGGGACAAGGCAACGGUCGAUUUCCGGCCUUGGGCCCUCUUCUUCCGCCUCCGCUGGACGAGAUGAAAAGCAGCGAUCAGAGCGGUGA